AUGAGGUCAGCAUCCACUUCACUGCCUGAGGGCCAUGCUGCCAUCGAGGCCAUACAAUUCUUAGUGACCCGCACUGCCACCUCAGGCCAUGCUAACAUCAAGACCCGAGUUGCAGCUGAGGGCCAUGUAGUUUCCCAUGUUGCUUUGUCUUCGCCUUGUUGUAUAGUAGGUACGGUAGAUCAGAAGUAUGUGUCAAUCUUUUUCCAGUCCAUUGGAAAUCCAUUUGUUUUUAGGUGCUUGUAUGGCAUAUUCAUUGAUGGAAAUGACAAAGUAGUAUCAAAAAUUGUAUUCAGAGCCACUAAUGUCUUUUAUUAGGAAUUUGAUGUGCCUGCAGUUUUCCCUGUAGACCUGAAGCAUCUCCCAAACACUGCCUACAGCUCUCACAAAGGUCUCCCACUCGACUGUGUUGUUCUUGUUUCACUCAGGGACAUCAAGCAAGGACAGGAGCUUUUUUCAAACUACGACAUGGUUAUCAGCUAAUUUGGUGAAUUAAAAAUUAGGCUUUUAAAAGUAGCUAUUGUGUUCAUUCUAAACGCUUGGUUGUUGAUUUGUUUGCUAAUCACAUCUGUGCGGACCACCUUGCAGAACAAAAUAUUUUAGACUUAACUGGACUUUUUGUGUUUGUUAAUGUUAAUAUCUAUGCCUCAAUUCCAAGGUAAAAGCUACUUCCUUCAUAAUUUCAAAUUUAUAAUGCAAUUUCAUUUUUAAUUGGUUUUUAUAAUAGUUUAUUAAAACGACUUAUCAUUUCAGGUUUUUAUUUUGCAUACCUCUAUAGUGGGGGAUGUUUAGCCAAACAUUAGCAGUUCUUUAAGGUUUUACUCUGUGUGUGUGUAUGCGCACAUGCGUGUUUGUGUGUGUGUGUGUACACAUUUAAGCAAAUUCCUGGAGGUCAGAGGAGGGUGUCAGAUGUUUUGGAGCUGGGCUGAUUGGCAGUUGGGUGUUACCCAGUGCGCCUGACAUGGGUGCUAGGAACCAAACUAGUCCCCAGAAGAGCAGCCAUUGCUCUUAACUGCUGAGCUGUUUCCCCAGCCCCAGGGGUUCUUACAGUACCGCUGAUGUGUACAAGCGCCUAUAAAAACUUUUUUACAGAAUGAAGAAAAACGAAACUAUUGUGCUGCUAUGAGUAAAUCGAAGUAUGUGUAAUUUCUCAACUGUUCUUGGCUCAUCCUCCCCCUCCCUCCACCUACAAAGGGAGUGAUUAAAGGGAGUGGAAGAUUCUCUAGUGUGGGAAUACUGGUAAGGGACAAGGUUGCCUGGUAGCAGGGACACCUGUUCCUGUCUCAUGUUUCUGUGGAGAGGGCUUCCUAUGGCAAAGUUCCUAACCCUUCUCCGCCCACCAGAGAAGAGUAACUCCCAGAGUUCCUUUGGAGAGCAAGGCACCCAUGGCUCACCCCCUCCAGUUCUCUGUGGACGCUGUACAGAACCACCAGCCCAGGUGUUGAUCAAAUGACUGUACUCUGAGGUGAAGUACUACCGCAUCAGCCCAGGCGCACUCAGUCCUGAAGCUCUCUACCCCAGAGUUCUCCUUGCAAUGGUUUCUUUGCUCUAUCCACCUGACUCGAGCUUCAACUCUCACUUCCCAGUUUGGACAGGAUAUCAUUUACUAAGCCCCUCCCUCCACCCUUAGGAAAACUGUAGGGUCGGAUUUUGACCACUGUGACAUCUCUGUUACUGGCUUCAUUUGCCUCGUUUAUUGAAAUUUUAGUAGCUUUCUAAUUGGCUUCUCUCUUUCCACUCUUGCCCCUUACAGAAUGUAUCACCAAGGCAUGGUGUUUCGAGAUCAUUUCUUCAUGCGUGUGAUUUACAGAUUGUUCCAACUGGAUAUAGGUCACCAUCCUCUGUCCUCUAGUCACCGGACAUUUCUAAGCGGGGACCGGGGUGAUAAAAAGGAGAGCUAGAGCCUGUUUUAGUGUGGGAAUACUAUUAAAGACCAGGCUGGUGCAAGGACGCCUGUUCCUGUUUCAUACUUCUGUGGAGAGGGAUUCCUGGGUGUCUUGGAACUGUUAGGUCUGUAGUAGGCUGACUUUGAAACUUAGAGGUAGGUCUCUCUGCCUCUGCCUCCCAAGUGCUGGGAUUAAAGGUGUGCACCACUACACCCAGCUGAGGGUAUUUUAACUUCUUGACAUAUCUUUACCUAAACCCUAGAGAAGAUGAGGAUUCCUUCACAUGGGGGAUGUGGCUGGAACUUCCCAUCUCAUGCUGUUUCCCAGUGCUCACUCAUGCAGCACCCCACUCCACCUCUUGACUGUGCCUCAGGAUGUCUACCUGCAGAGACCUUUCCCCAGAUCACCUAAGAGCCUGACUCCUCUCUGAUACUUGACUAGUGAAACUUUACCCCUCCCCCACUGACAGUCCUAGCUCGUGUCCCCAUUUUCUCCACAGCACUUCAGACUUGAAGGCACAUGUUUAUGUUGCAGUCCAACUAGACCAGACACAAGGAAGUCGGGAAGUCAUUUGAGCCACAGAAUCCCUAGAAGUCAUUAGAGAUUUUUCUGCUUCCACAAGCUUCUCCUUCCCCCAAGGCCUGAAGCACCCACGGUGCAGCUUACAUGGUACUUAGCAGUAGUUAGAGUACUCAUGGGCCUUCUGUGCCUAUAGUCCACACAGGUGUCACAGGAAGGCACUGUGGUGUUUGGGGGUGGAGGGAUGUGGCUCUUUGGAGGCAAGGAACGAAAGCAAAAGGGUUAAUUAAGGUUUUUACUUUUUCUUGCUUUGUGUAAACUCUGAAUAUCAUUCAGUUUGGAUAGUAAAACGGGAAAUGGGAAUGCCAGGAUUUAAGCUAAGAUCUUUAGCUUGAAAGGAUGAAGACUUGAGAAAGGUAUGACCAGAGGCAAUGGGAUUAUGAAAGUUAUAAAUAAGAGUAAUAUCAUAAAUACCAGCCUGUUAAGUCUCGAUGGCUCAUAUUUCAGUUCUGUUUCCCCACAAUACAGUUUCCUAGGACUGUUUGGAACAGAUAUUCCGUUAACUGCUUCCUGAACUAAGUGAGAAUUCUCACUUUAGGAAUUUUUAGAAUUAUUAUAGAUCAAAAACUAGUAGAGAUGAUUUAGGAAAAUGACUUUUUUCUCUUAAGCUGAGUGUUUACCUAUCUGGUAUGGCUUAAGAGUGGCUUGAAUUUCUUGGUAAAUAGUCACACACACCAGGAAAAACAGAUUUCCAGAUUUUUAUUUCUGGAACUGUACACCAGGUAUUAAAGUACAACAAAUACAAAAUAAUGCUCAAAAAAUCAGUGUUUAUGUACAAAUAUUAAAAUCAAUGCAACAAUAGCAACUUCCUCUUGAACAUUGGAUACUAAAACUUGUUCUGAUUGUCACUAAUUUAUCUCAUACUCACAGGGUACUUAUUUCAAACUGGGACAAUUGGAAUCACUGGUCAUCUAAGAGGAAUAUUAAUAUCUACCAUAUUUAACAAUAAAACUAAUAGUUUCCCU